CGUUGCCGUGCUCACCGACUGCACCCAGAGCACCGAGCACCCAGAAGAUAACGCCACUGACAGCGCUAAGCGCUCGCGACCCGGCCAGGAGAUGGAGGAGCUGCUACAGCAACUCACAGAGGUGUCCCUUCGACAGCAGCAGAUCGUAGAACACCUGGCGAACCGACAAGGGCAGCUCGAGCAGGAGCUCGCUGCCCAGGGUGCCGCCGCUCGACCGCGCCCCGCCGUGCCCGAUCCCCGCAUUCAAGCAGCGCAACUCCUUCCAAAAAUGACCAGCUAUGACGACCCAGAGAUUUUUUUACAGAUGUUCGAGAAUGUCGCCGUCACGGAAGGAUGGGAUCGCCAAGAGUGGGCACGCGCGCUGGCCCCGCUGCUAACUGGAGAAGCGCAGCGCAGCUUCUAUGCCAUGCCGGCUGACCUGGCUGCCAACUAUGACGACCUGAAACGGGAGAUCCUCGGAAGGGUCGGUCUAUCUCCGAUCUGCGCAGCCCAGGGGUUCUUUGACUGGGCGUUCCAACCACGCCGACCGGCCCGGGCUCAAGUCGCCGAGCUCACCCGUCUAGCCCAACAUUGGCUACUGGAUCAGGACCCGACCCCCGGCCAGAUCGUCGAGAGGUGGUCAUCGACCGCUCUUGCGGGCUCUUCCCCGAUCCUACCGCCAGGCGGUCGGCAUGCGCAAUCCCCGGACGUCCUCGGAGUUAGUGGAAGCGGUCGAGCUGGCUGA